UGUAGUGAAACUGACGCAUUUCACCACAGACCGAGCUCUACAUGUUUCAUUUUAUUUUGUGAAGCUUUCUUUUCAACCCUUUAUCAACAUGAAAGGCUAUUCGAUUGUUCGGGUGGCACUGUUCGUGUUGAUGAUCCAUUGUUCCCACGGUGCAGGAUGGGGAUUUAACAGUUUGAAGAAUGCCGCUACAACAUUCUCUAAAGCUGCUUUAGACAAGUUUCCCAACGUCAAAGAUGGAGCAUUGCUAGCCGAAUUGGAUAAAAAUCCUGCUCUAAAAAAGGCUUUGGUUAAUGCGUUGGAUAAUGCUGGAUGUACGAUUGGAAAAUGCGUUUCGUCUCUCUCUAGUGCCGUGGACAUAGGAAGUGCAACCGCGUCCAGUCUUAAGGAUAGAGGAGAGAAAUUGGCUUCAGAUAUAAAAGAUCAAGGCGAGAAACUAGCUUCAGAUGUAAAAGAUACAGGCGAGAAACUAGCUUCAGAUAUAAAAGAACAAGGCGAGAAACUAGCUUCAGGUAUAAAAGACACAGGCGAGAAAGUAGUUGGAGCAGUUUCUGAAACCAUUACUGUCGAAAACCUGAUAAAAUUUUUAAAUAGUAAAGAAGGUCAAGUGCUCAUUCAAGCUGGAGCCCUAGCCCUUCCAUCAACUCGAGGGGCCUUAUUGUUUUUUAAAACUCCUCUCGGCCAGGCAGUCUUGACUGCCACGGGAGCUCGGACGUACUUGGAUGGCAUCAUAUCUGGAAAAGUGAACGAGCUGAAAGAGGUAGACAAACAUUGAGAAAGUGUACUUAUACAUGUUGUCCUUAAA